AGAAGCGGGAGGGGAGGGGGCUCUGGCGGGAGGUGGAGCUGGUUGCAGCUGGCGACUUCUAGCUCUCCCAGGUUGCUGGGCACAGGAUCCGCGCAGCGAGUCAGAGCCGAGCGGCUGCAACUGAACGGAGCCCUGCCUGCAGCAGCCCGGGCGGCCGGAGCUCAGCGCCUCCCGAGAGCCCCGGCUGCAACUUGUGAGCCGGCGGCCGCCGCGGCUCUUGCCUGUGGAGAGGCGCCGCCUCCGCCGGCUGCAGCUCUUCGGAAAGUUGCCCCGGCUGCCGGACGAGUAUAAUGGUUAGGAGAACUGAAUAGAGAAGAAACCUGGAAGAACUUGGCACCUGGCAGUGACUGGAGGGAGAGAGAGAUCUAUGCAAACUGUACCAGCAGAAGGAGGUCAGUCAGCCCAGUAGCACCAGCAGGUCAAUGAAGAAAGGAGAUCCUGACUGACGCAUGCUUACCUCAACCUGACUUCUGGAAAAGAACAAGUAUUGCGCUGAAAACCUCUCACCGGGCAGCACUCAGGAGCUGGGGCUUUAAGAAAAACAAUUAUCAGGAGACUCAUGACGAAAUCAUGAGAAUUGGCAACACUGCAUUUUAGAUGGGAUGGGUCUGUCUGAAGAACAAUAUAGGCAGAAGCUUCAAGCUGUAGAAGACCUACUGUAAAUAGAGCACACUAUGGACAAGCUUGGCCAAUAAAAGAUACAUGGAGUGCACUGCUCAUUAGAGGUCAGAAAAGAAAUCGUUCUUGAAGCCUCAAGAGCUACAUAGGAAUAAUUCGAUCGAGCAGCCUGGAGACCAUGGAGGGGGAUUGUCUGAGCUGCAUGAAGUACCUGAUGUUUGUUUUCAAUUUCUUCAUAUUUCUGGGAGGGGCCUGCCUGCUGGGCAUUGGGAUCUGGGUCAUUGUAGAUCCUACAGGAUUUCGAGAGAUUGUGGCUGCCAACCCUCUGCUCUUCACGGGGGCGUACAUCAUGCUGGCCAUGGGAGCAAUGCUGUUCCUGCUGGGCUUUCUCGGCUGCUGUGGUGCUGUCCGUGAGAACAAAUGCCUCCUGCUUUUUUUCUUCAUGUUUAUUUUGUUAAUCUUCCUGGCAGAGCUCUCAGCUGCAAUCCUGGCUUUUAUCUUCAGAGAACAUCUGACCAGAGAAUACUUCACCAAGGAGCUAAAGAAGCACUAUCAGGGGAACAAUGAGACGGAUGUCUUCUCUUCCACCUGGAACUCGGUUAUGAUCACAUUUGGCUGCUGUGGAGUGAAUGGGCCAGAAGAUUUUGAAACAGCUCCUCAUUUUCGACUCCUCCAUUCAGAAUAUGUGGUACCGGAAGCUUGUUGCCGGCGAGAGCUCCAGACGCGGGAUGGGGCAUUUGUCAGCAAGGAGGACUGCCUCAUGGGGAAAGACACGUACCAGAACCGACAGGGCUGUUACACUGUGAUCCUGAACUCCUUCGAAACCUAUGUGUACCUUGCAGGAGCUCUCACCAUUGGCGUCUUGGCUAUUGAGCUGUUUGCCAUGAUCUUUGCAAUGUGUCUCUUUCGAGGGAUCCAGUAGGAGAUGCCCCCUGAGCAACUGCGACGCUCCUAUGUACUUGGAAGAAAGACCGAAAAAAAGAGGGGGGGGAAAACUUUAUUUUUUUUUUUUUUUACAAAAUGGAGACAAAAAAGGGUUGUAAUAUAUGAAUGACCAAAAGGAUUGUACUUCAGGGGCGGGAACUUUGAGGUGCUGUGCACUACAUUAAGCCACACCGACCUUCUCCCAGAGCAACCUGCACAGACAUU